AUGUCUGCGGAUCCUAAUCCCCAUCGUUCAAAGAAAGCGUGCAUUUCUUGUCGGCAGCGAAAACGCAGGUGUGACGGCGGACUGCCAUGCGCAUAUUGCGAGGCAAACGAUCACAACUGCGAAUAUGAACAGCGAAAGAAAAUCAAGCGAAACAGCCAAAAACGAUCAGUUUCUCAAGAUGUGGCUGGCCUUAAUAAGGAUGAUGGGGAAAGCUCUGCGCUGCGCCUCAUAGAAGCAAAUUCUCCUGCUGUAUUCGUCCGACAGCUUGGACUGAAAAUAAAUCCAGCAUCGGCCCCCCGCUUGAGCUGCUACGCAUGGAAUCUGGGUCUUGAUAGGGAAACCACAACCGCCCCACAAUCACUGCGCCUCACGGACAUAUUGAGUCUCAAUCAGAUGUACGAGUAUACUACAGAUUACUUUUUGCACGUGGCCCCGGUGUACAACUUUCUGGAUCGGGAAUAUGUCGACGCUGCUAUCUCCAAGCUCUGGCACAAUGGAUCUCAAGAUUCGAGAGACUCCAUGCUCUGUGGUGUCGCAGCUCUCGGCUGCCUUUUUGGGGGGAAGCCCGGCAUCCAUGAAACUAGACUGGUACAAUGCAUACGAAUUGCCCUAGAGCAGUCAAGCUCGCUACCUUGUCCGGAAAUUGAUCACGUCCUUGGAUGGUUACUGCGCGUCAUAUACCUCCGUGCGACAAGCACUCCGCAGGCAACGUGGAUGGCAUGUUGCACAUUGAUGCAUAUGGUCGAAACAACAAGACUGCACCUGGAGCCAUCGAAGACUUGGAUAUUAGCUCAAUCUGGAAGCCCAUGCCCGGCAAAUUUACGUCGUCGCAUCUUCUGGGUGGCGCAAUUAUUCAAUACAUGGGUGUCAGCAGACUGUGGAAAAUCCCAAGUCGAGUUGCGUGGCGCGUCCACUGAGCUUCCUCAGGAAAUCUGGACCAAGGACCAGACUCAGCUUUGCUAUAUGUCUUGUCGUCUGGGUCGACAAUUUGAUUUCGAGCCGGAGGAGCUGGAGUCGCUAAUCGCCGACCUUUGUGUAUUGAGUCCGGCACAACCCAUGCUCCAGCUUUUAAAAUGCAAUAUUGCUCUUUGCUGUUUUCGUCGAGCUAGAGCGCUCCGCAGGCCAUUGACUGAUGUGUCACGGGGAAGAAUAUUGGACUUGGCAAAGAAUACACUGUCAGUUGUGAGCAAUCUUGUUAACCUUGCCUCUCCUUGGUGGCACGUUAUCAAUAUACCCUUUCAGAUUGUUUGUGUCUGUCUCGUCAUUGACACGGAUCGCUCUUUGUGUCUUUUAACAGAGGCUCUGGAAGUCUUGCGAAAGGUUACUGCUCAAUACGAUACUGGAUUGACUCGGGAGUCUUAUGAUACUGCCUGUUUUCUUGUUACCCAAGAGAGGCAAAAAGGACUUAACAAGUUAGAGCAUUUGAACAACGCGUUGAAAGGACGAGAAUCUGCCGUUGAUACGGGUAUUGGCUCUGAGAUAAUGGACGUGCUCGCAACUGACCAAAAUCUCCCAUUAUUUUCGGGCCCUGGGCUUGAUCCCACUUUGGAGUUAAAUCAUUCCCUGGCCGACUACUUUCUAUUAGAAAAGUUCUUUCCUCCUAACGAUAACUGA